UUUUACUUUGAAUAGCUAAUCAUCUCUGUAGAGAAAAUUCAGUUUUCUUCUCGAUUUUUUCCGAUAGGGUUUUUAGCAGAAUGUCGAAAACGCCGAAUCCGAACAGUACCGGUUCUAGUGGUAAUGCCGACGCCGGAAAACCCGCCGGAGAAGAGGCGACAGUGAAAGUUCCCUCCAAGGAUUCAAAGAAGAAAAAUGACAAGAAAUGCGAACAUCUAUCUGAAGAAGAUUUGGCUCUGAAGCAGCAGCUGGAACAGUGUGUGGAAAGAAUUCAGGAUGCAGAUCCUGGACUUCAGAAGGUUGCCCUGGAGAGCAUGAGGCAGGAAAUACGUACUGCAACAAUCUCCAUGACGGUUACAAAACCACUGAAGUUCUUGCGUCCCCAUUAUGGAACACUAAAGGGAUUUUAUGAGAAAAUGCCAGAUUCUGAUUUGAAGACACUUCUGGCAGAUAUUCUCUCUGUUCUGGCUUUCACAAUGUCUGCUGAAGGAGAAAGGGAGAGCUUGAAGUAUAGAGUGUUGGGAUCUCAAGGUGACAUUGGUUCCUGGGGACAUGAAUAUGUAAGGAACUUGGCUAGAGAAGUUGGACAAGAGUAUGUAAGGCUGGAGAGUGAACAGGAGCGCCCACUUUACGAUCUUAUGGUGCCCGUGCAACAAAUUGUUUCUUUCUACUUUAAGCAUAAUGCCGAACCUGAUGCUGUGGAUCUUCUAAUCGAGGUUGAAGACCUUGAUCUCUUGUUGGAGCAUGUGGAUAGCAGCAAUUGUAAAAGGACAUGCUCUUAUCUCACGAGUUUGGCAAAAUACCUUCCUAGCUUUGAUGAAAUAGUGGUACUUGAUUAUGCAUGUGCCAUGUACAUAAAGUUUAAGGAGUAUCCUCUCGCACUUGUGACUGCAUUAGCCAUGGACAGUAUGGAGAAUAUAAAGAGUGUUUUUACAUCAUGUGAUGAUAAUCUACAGAAGGCGCAGUUCUGUUGCAUCCUUGCUCGUCAUGGUCAAACAUUUUAUCUUGAUGAAGAGUUGUGUGCGAGUAAUGAAGAUCGAGAAGUAUUGCAGGAAAUUGUUAACAAUGUGAAAUUAAGUGAAGGGUAUCUUGCACUUGCUUGUGAUAUUGAGGUCAUGGAACCCAAAACUCCUGAUGACAUAUACAAGCUACAUUUGCUUGAUGGCCAAGCUAGUGCAGAGCAAAGUGUCGAUUCAGCGACACAAAAUUUGGCUGCUACAUUUGUCAAUGCAUUUGUCAAUGCUGGUUUUGGGCAGGAUAAGUUGAUGACAGUACCAUCAGAGGCCACAAGUGGUGGUUCCUCUACAAGCUGGCUUUUCAAAAAUAAAGAACAUAGGAAGGCUAGUGCUGCAGCAAGUUUGGGAAUGAUCCUGCUUUGGGAUGUCGAUUCUGGGUUUGCACAACUUGACAAAUAUCUCCAUAGUACUGACACCCAUGUAGUUGCUGGGGCACUAUUGGGAGUUGGGAUUGUAAACUGUGGUAUCAAGAAUGAUCUUGAUCCAGCAUUGGCACUUCUUUCUGAUUAUGUUCGCAAAGAUGAUCCUUCAAUCAGAAUAGGUGCUAUAAUGGGUCUGGGUCUUUCUUAUGCAGGUGCUCGGAAUGAAGAGAUCAGUAGCAUAUUGAUUCACAUACUUGAAGAUGAUAAGGUGUCCCUUGAUGUAAUUGCAUUCACUGCAAUAUCAUUGGGCUUGGUGUACGUGGGUUCAUGUCGCCGUAACAUUGCCGAGGAACUCAUAUAUGCAUUGACGGACCGAAGUGAGGCAGAAUUGGGAGAGCCCCUUGCUCGUCUUUUGCCACUGGCUCUUGGUCUUUUAUACCUUGGGAAACAGGACGAGGUUGAGGGUAUAGCUGACCUUUUGAAGACUACUACUCUCCAUAAGAAGAUCAGAAAGCAUUGCCUUAUGAUCCUCCAUUCUUGUGCCUAUGCUGGGUCAGGCAAUGUACUCAAGGUCCAACACUUUCUUGGUCAAUGUGGUCGACAUCUUGUAAAAGGUGAAAGCUUUCAGGGACCAGCUGUCCUUGGUAUUGCGAUGGUUGCAAUGUCUGACGAGUUGGGGAUUGAGAUGACAAUACGCUCACUAGAACAUCUUUUGCAGUAUGGGGAUCAAAAUAUCAGAAGAGCAGUUCCAUUGGCUCUUGGCCUCCUCUGUAUAUCAAAUCCACAGGUUAAUGUCAUGGACACUCUGAGAAGGCUUAGUCGUGAUAGAGACAUUGAAGUAGCAAUGGCUGCUACCAUUUCCUUGGGAUUGAUAGGUGCAGGAACCAACAAUGCUCGGAUAGCUGGCAUGCUGCGUUACCUGUCCAAUUGCCAUCGCAGAUAUUCCAGCCUUCUUUUCUGUGUGCGGAUUGCCCAAGGUCUUGUCCAUUUAGGGAAGGGCUUGAUAACUCUCUCACCAUAUCAUUCUGAACGAUUUUUGUUAUCUCCGACUGCACUAGCUGGACUGAUAAUUAUGGUCCACAUGUGUCUUGAUAUGAGGUCCACUAUCUUGGGGAAAUACCACUAUCUGCUUUAUUUUCUGACACUGGCGAUGCAGCCAAGGAUGCUUAUGACUGUGGAUGAGAAGUUAAAACCUUUGUCAGUGCCUGUUCGAGUUGGGCAAGCUGUUGAUCUUUUAGGUCAGGCUGGUCGACCAAUGACGAUUACUGGUUCUCAGACACACUUGACCCCAGUUCUCCUUGGUGCUGGGGAACGAGCCGAGCUUGCAACAGAAAAGUACAUUCCACUCUCGCCCAUGCUUGAAGGCUUUGUCAUAUUGAAGGAGAAUCCAGAGUACAGAGAUGAUAACUAGUCAUGUACAAAUGAGUUGUAACUAGAAGACGUUGAUGAGGUCAGAGAUUUAAUUUUGUCUAUAACUAACCUUGUAAGUGUAACACUGACCAAAACUUACUAUAGCUAAUGCAACAAAUGUUGUCCACUUGUAUAUCAUUGCUAACAGCUACUCAUCACUGAGAUUGAAAUGGAAAUCUUAUGUCUUUGAUUCUUC